GCGACGGCGUGCUGCGACUAUGGCACUAUUCCACGUAGCGCGGUACGCAGGCCCGGAGGCUUCCGGACUGGGGGAUGUAGAGGUAGAGGCGGGUAGCCGGGCACGAGUGCUGCUCGAGCGGCUGCAGAACCGAGCCCGUGAGCGGCAGCAGCAGGAACCGAAGCCUGAACCCGCCGGGGAGGCCGUGGAAGCGGCAGGCAGGCGGCGUCGACGGCCCCGGCGGCGGCGUGGCUGCUCUGUGGCUCAGAGCCCGGAGGCCCCUAGGGCGAAGCGGCAGAAAGCGGACUACGGUGUGCAUGCAGGUGGGCCAUGUGGCCGAGAUGUGGACGGGGCUUGGAGGCUUUUUCCUGGGUGCGCUGCGGGGUUAAUGUCCCCUCUGUUGUUGUGUCGCGCAGGGAGAGGCGAAGAGUCGCCUAGAGAGCUCAACACCGACUUAGAGGACUCAGUUGAGAAGCCCCCAGAGGAGGCCCCGAGACCCCCGGCUCCAGGGCCUGUGCUGGGGGACUUUGCAAGAAGGAAGACACCAAAGGUCCAGCCUUUCCUGCCAGCAUGGCUGGCAAAGCCAAGCUGUGUCAAGAAGAGCGUCACUGAGGAUCUUACUCCUAUCGAAGACAUCCAUGAGGUUCACCCUGACUUGCAGAAGCAGCUGAGGGCUAAUGGCAUCUCUUCCUACUUUCCAGUCCAGGCAGCUGUGAUUCCUGCCCUCUUGGAGAGUGCAGAUAGUGGGUUUCUAGUAGGCAGAGGUGGAUACCAACCUAGUGACCUCUGUGUGUCUGCCCCAACGGGCAGUGGGAAAACACUGGCAUUUGUUGUCCCUGUGGUACAAGCCCUGCUGCAUCGAGUGGUCUGCCACAUCCGUGCACUGGUUGUGCUUCCUACUAAGGAACUGGCCCAACAGGUGAGCAAAGUAUUUAACAUCUACACGGAUACCACACCUCUGCGGGUUGCUUUGGUGACUGGACAGAAGUCACUGGCCAAGGAGCAGGAGAGCCUUGUCCAGAAGACGGUAGAUGGUUACCGAUGCCUGGCUGAUAUUGUGGUGGCCACACCUGGCCGCCUGGUGGACCACAUUGACCAGACCCCAGGAUUCAGCCUCCAGCAGCUCCGCUUCCUGAUCAUUGAUGAGGCUGACCGGAUGAUAGACAGCAUGCACCAGUCCUGGCUGCCCAGAGUGGUGGCAGCAGCCUUCUACAGUGCAGGCCCCUCAGGCUCCUGUGCCCUGCUCCAGAGGACACAGCCCCAGGCUGUGACUGCUGCCAGCACUUGCUCUCCCCAGAUGCCUCUACAGAAGUUAUUGUUCUCAGCCACACUGACCCAGAACCCUGAGAAGCUGCAGCGGCUUGGCCUCUACCAGCCAAGGCUUUUUUCCACAAAGCUGGGACACAGUGGCCCUAAAGACACAGUUGAGAUGGAUGGAAACUUUGGGGGGAAGUACACCUUCCCUGUGGGGCUCACGCACCACUAUGUACCCUGUAAACUCAGCUCGAAGCCACUUAUUGUCUUACACCUGGUCCUUGGGAUGAACUUCUCUAGGGCCCUUUGCUUCACUAACUCUCGAGAGAAUUCCCACAGACUCUUCCUGUUAACACAAGCUUUUGGGGGUGUGAGUGUGGCUGAAUUCUCCUCCCGCUAUGGACCUGGCCAAAGGAAAAAAAUCUUGAAGCAGUUUGAACAGGGAAAGAUCCAGCUCCUUAUCAGUACAGAUGCUACUGCUCGAGGCAUCGACGUGCAGGGUGUGGAGCUGGUGAUCAACUAUGAUGCCCCCCAGUACCUACGAACUUAUGUGCAUAGGGUUGGGAGAACAGCCCGAGCUGGAAAAACAGGCCAGGCCUUCACACUUCUCCUGAAAGUGCAGGAAAGGAAGUUCCUCCAGAUGAUAUCAGAAGCUGGGGUGCCUGAGGUGGCACACCAUGAGAUCACCAGGGAGCUCCUGCAGCCCCUGGUCCCUCAUUACGAGAUGGCCUUGUCUCAGCUGGAGAAGAUUGUCAAGGAAGAGCAAAAGCUGAAGAUGGCCUAGAUGGGAGCAAAAGCCCAGGGGGAACAUCCUGCUGAAAUGAAUGUUGUGUUUAAGCAAAAGAUAUGGUUCCUUGGGGUUCCAAUAGAAACAACCCUUCCCUGCAAGCACCAUGGUCAUCUUGGGCUAGGCAGCCUAGAUGUUGGCUUGGUCCUGAAAAGUAAUGGCCCUUGGUUUGUACUGCUGGGGUCCAACUGUCUUUGGAAAUAAGCUCAGGUAAAGCUGAAGGGUGCCUUCAAGAAUGUGAUGAACGCCGGGCGGUGGUGGCGCAUGCCUUUAAUCCCAGCACUUGGGAGGCAGAGGCAGGCGGAUCUCUGUGAGUUCGAGUCCAGCCUGGUCUAGAAGAGCUAGUUCCAGGACAGGAAACAAAAAGCUACGGAGAAACCCUGUCUCGAAAAAUCUAAAUAAAUAAAUAAAUAAAUGAAUGAAUGAAUGAAUAAAUAAAUAAAUAAAAUAGAGCUAGUUCCAGGACAGACCCAAAACCACAGAGAAACCCUGUCCCGAGAAACAAAAAAAAAAAAAAAGAAAAAAAAAAAAAAGAAUGUGAUGAAAAACUAUGGUCAGCCUUAUGGUGACAGCAGAUUAAAGUGUGCCUAGCAUUAGCAUUUCAUGUCUACAGAGAGACUAUGGUGAGCCUGUCCCAGACAAGUCACUGAAGUCCAGGAAUAGGUUGGUUAAGAUGUUUCCAUGGCUACUAGCCUUCAAGAUGGUACCCACAUAAGCAUGAAGUAAAUUACAGGAGAGUGCUUGCCUGAACAUAGUCAAAGAGACUGUGCUUUUUGUAAAAAAAUUAAAUAAAAAGAAAAAAAUCUAUAGUAUUAAGAUAAACUGUUUUCAUUUAUAUUUAAAAAAAAUGGAUAACUUGAACUCAUGCCAAUUUCCUGAUAGCUUCAACACACUAAUACCCCUCUAAUUCAGGACACCUAGGCUAGCUCAAGAAAGCAACACAGGCCACUGGCACCAUCCUCAGGCCCUUGCUGACUCUAGGAUUUUGCUCAUGAGAUUAAUUUAGAAUCUGCUAGCAGCUAGUCUGAGAGUCAGAUUUCCAUUUUAUUGUUGAUAUUACUAAUGCUUUGAACAUCUUAUACAAUGAAAUGAAACUCUCCUCCACUCAUCUCCGCACCCACCUAAGUCCGAAGUUUUUUGUUGUUCUUUUUAAGCCUACUGAAUUGAUUUUGUUGUUUACUCAAAAGUGCCUACAAGGGUUCACAGGACAAAGAAAACUGACUUCCAGCAGCAAUGAAAUGCCAGUAGUUCUUCCCUCAGCUACUGGUAGAAUUGUGCAUGCUGUCAUAUUGUUCUGUUGUGUCUGGAAAAGCUUUCCUUUAAAUUAUGCACCACCUUAUUCUGCCUCCAUGUAUGCCUGAGGUCACCAGAUCUCACUAUAAAUGGCUGUGAGACACAAUGUGAUUGCUGGGAAUAGAACUCAGGAACUCUGCAAGAGCAGCCAGUGCUCUUAAUCUCUGAGCCCACCUCUGGCUCUUAACUUUUCUCUGUACCCUCUGACUUGAAGAUCUCUGAGCCUUGGAGAGAGGUAUGGAAUGUCCCCUUUAGGGCCCAACACCACACAGUCUCUUACUUUGUACCAGUUGAGCAGCUGCCAUCUAGUGCAGUCAGCUUUUAUGAUGAGAGCUGAGAGGUACACUUAAUCUAUGGGUAUGGGAAUAUCAUCAAAAGUCAUUUUAACAGUGUGCUCAUUAGCAGAAUAAUAGUAUUUGGUUUUCGAGCCCAGAAUGUCCAACCACAGGUUCUUGACCCCAUUAAUAGUACCUAAUAUGGGUUCUGUCACAUGGGGCAGAACGUGGGUGAGAGGCUAGAGAAGAUUAGUAAUUGAGCAUUUUCUGUGAUGCAGAGGUUUGGUUUCUAGUACCUACAUGAUAGCUGCCUGCGAUUCCAGUUAAAGAAGCAGACACACACAUGGCAAACAGACAGAAGGAAAAAAAAAGUAAGAAACUGCUUUUAAGAAAGCAGUUGGUGCCUGGCCUGGGGAAACGCACCUUUAAUCCCAACACGUGGAAGGCUAGACCAAGGGGAUCUCUGAAUUUAAGGCCAGCCUGGUCUACAGAGCCAAGUUCCAGGGCAGCCAAGGCUAUACAGAGAAGCCUGUCCUUUUUUUUAAAACAGUUGCCACUAUCACACUACCAGUGAGCCCAUCUUGUCAGACUAGUCAUUGUGCUCACAGGAUUCUAGUAAGGAAGCAGCAUCAAGGUUGAGUAUAAGCUUUAAGUAUGUGGCAUCUUGUCCUAUGUCAAGUUCUGUUCUGAAGGGUAACCGAGAACAUUGGCAAUGGUCUGCAGUAUUUGGGGGUCCUCAAAAGGGGAACCCAUUCCUGGUUCAGGGGUUAUUUAUUUGCUAGCAUGUGUUAUCUAGUUGGGAUUUUGAGCUUCCCCCGCCCCAACAUAGAGUAACUUCAUUUAAACUAGUAUGUAUAUAUUAGAAUGUGUCUAUAGAAGGCUUCCAAUAUAGCUUUUUCAAAAGUAUUAUUGGUGACAAAGUUACUUAAGACUGCUAUCCUACUGUGUGUCAAACUGUUUUACUGUAAUCUUAGGUACUCUUCAUGC